GAAGAUGGAUGAGUCUCCAGGGCAACUCCCCCUUCUAUCCUCUUGUACUGAUGAUAACUGAGAGAGAGAGAGAGAGAGCGAGAGAGAGAGAGAAGGGUGUGCGUGUGUGUGUUUAUGUCUCAGUAUGUGACAAAUAGAGGCUGAGACACUGAGAGCUCCAGACAAAAAAACGCAUCAGGUCUGUCAGUUGGACGGCGAGGACCCUACAGCACCAUCAGGAUAACCGUGGACCACAUUUGGGUGAUUUGUCUCAGAAGGCCACUGCACGGGAUUUAUACGACCAGACCGCGCUCAGUUCACCAUGCAGAGACCGAGCGGUCCAGGCACGGCGUUUUCCAUUGAUUCUUUGAUUGGCACUCCACAGCCCCGGCCGGGGCCUAUGCUCUACACGGGCUACCCGAUGUUUAUGCCGUACCGACCGCUUAUGAUUCCACAAGCCCUGUCUCAUUCGUCAUUACCGUCGGGUAUCCCUCCCUUGGCACCGCUGGCAUCGUUCGCGGGGCGCCUGACCAACACUUUUUGCGCGGGGUUGGGGCAGGGGAUGCCCUCCAUGGUGGCGCUCACCACCACCCUGCCCAGUUUCUCGGACCCUCCAGAUAGUUUCUAUCCCCCGCAGGAGAUGCCGGGACCCCGGUUAGGCGCGGACGGGACGGGGAUGAACCGGCAGGAGAGCCCGCAUGACGAGCUCAAGGGCUCUGAACUUCUCAAUUUCACGGAAACUUUUCAGGCGGUUGCAGGCGAAACCAAGCUCUACAGUUCAGAUGAUGAGAAACUGGACCUGAAAUCAGCGGAGGCCGCGUGCAGUGACAGGGAGGACAGUUCAGCCGACAGCGAGAACGAAAGCUUCUCCGACGGGAACACCUGCGCUUCAGCGUCCCAGAAAAGCAAACUCAAAGGCGGCUCACAGGACGCGUUACCGCCGGGCGGCUCGGCGGGAAAGAGCCGGAGGAGGCGGACUGCUUUCACUAGUGAACAGCUGCUGGAACUCGAGAAGGAGUUUCACUGUAAGAAAUAUCUGUCCCUCACCGAGCGCUCGCAGAUCGCGCACGCGCUCAAACUCAGCGAGGUCCAGGUCAAAAUCUGGUUCCAGAACCGCAGGGCCAAAUGGAAACGGAUCAAAGCCGGGAACGUCAACAACAGAUCCGGGGAGCCCGUCCGGAACCCCAAAAUCGUUGUGCCCAUUCCCGUGCACGUCAACAGGUUCGCGGUUCGGAGUCAGCAUCAACAGAUCGAACCGGGCAGCAGGCCAUGA